AUGGUCGAAGCCAUCGCCCACCUGGUGCAUCGGGAUUAUGCAGAGAUAGGAGCUGACUUCCAGAAUUUGGAUUUCAUACCAGACGGCGUGGAUGUCAAGCCGAUCGUCCCUGCGCUCUCUCGGGUAUUCGAUGCAGCGCUCGCAGGUGGCGGCGCCCGAGGGAUCAACUUCAACGAGCUCUCUGCCGACCUGGCCCAGAUCACGUUCGAGUUUCCUUUCCGGAUCCCGCCCUACUUUGCCUUGAUCAUUCGCGCCAUCGGCGUCCUCGAGGGCAUUGCUCUUGUUGGAGACCCCGACUUCGCCAUCAUCGAUGAGGCACCCGCACAAUCGAGAAUCCGAACAAUCAUCACAUGA